AUGGAUGCUGGAAAAGUUUCUUCUUCAUUCACCCCAGGAUUACAAAAAUCUGCUAGCAAUGCUUCGAGCAGUCAAAAUUCUGCACAACUUCUUAACCUGCAUACACAAGCCUUACUGGAGCAACAAGAUGGCCCAAUUGUUGACAGUGAUAUCCCUAAUCUUGAUGAUAACAUGUCACCAACCACCAAUCCUGUUACAAUUGACCCCAUCCUUGAUGAUAUCAAGGUUGAAUACCAUCCACAGAGUGGGAAACCUACUCAUGUCUAUCACUUUGAGGAUUAUACCACAUCUUCUGAAGGCACAGCUAAUAUGCCAGUUGAUCCAGAACCGUGGAGACCAUUUCGAUCACGCCUUGAUUUCGAGAUUGCAGAAUUGAUUCUGAAUACCCAUAUGAAUAAAUCUCAAACCAACCAGCUGCUCUCACUCAUACACCAAUGCAUUCAAAGGCCAUCUGAAUUUACAUUGGAAAACAGCACUGACUUGGAAUGUGUAUGGGAAAAUGCUCGUAUGGCACGCACAUCUGGUUUCUCAAAAAUCACUGUCCCUGUCCCUUAUAAAGAGAAAGAGGUUCCACAUGAUGUUUGGACUUACUCAUUGUUUGACUGGACUCGUGAACUUCUUGAAGACCCAGGUCUCAUUUCCCAAUUUCAUUGGCAUGCUGAACGUCACUACAAGUUUAAUGGUUCAAAAUUUGAACGAUUUAUUGAUGAACCAUGGACUGCUGAUACCUGGUGGCAAAUUCAGGUACAAUCUUGUUCAUCCCUUCCACAAGGUGCAUUGCCUUUCUGCAUGGUCAUUUAUGCAGAUAAGACACGCCUUUCAUCAUUUGGCUCUGUCAAAGGCUACCCAGUAAUUGGUCACCCUGCCAACUUCAAUGUCAGGAUCAGAAAUGGAACAGGCAUUGCAGGUGGGAGAGUGCUUGGAUUACUUCCAGUGGUGGAUGAAGAUGCUGGAGAAACAGGAAAAAAAGGAUAUGUCAAUUUCAAGAGAGUUGUCUGGCAUAAGGCAUUCUUCCACAUUCUGGAUUCUAUUCGAAAGUACCUCAAAACAGGUUACACAUUUACCAAUUGUGCUGAUAGCAUUGCACGGCAUAUAUUCUGGUUUAUUUUGAUUGCAUCUGCUGAUUAUGAAGAGCAGUGUAUGAUUUCCUUAAUUCGUGGGGCAGGAGGCAACUUUCCAUGUCCAAUCUGUCUUGUUCCUGCUGAUCAGCAGACCAAUUUGUCAACAAUAUUUCCUGAGCGGACUAUGAAAAAUAUGCAAGAAAUCUAUCUCACUGCACAGAAGCUGGCAUCUGGCCCCAAGGAGGAACUUCUCAAAAGUCAUGGUUUGCGUGAUGCUGAGAAUGUCUUCUGGAUGUGCCAUGGUUCAGAUAUACACAAAGCACUUUCAUUUGAUCGCCUUCAUGCAUACCAUGGUGGUCUUUUCUCAGACCAUUUGUUAUCUGAAUUCAAAAUGAUCAUCAAUGAGCUUGGUAAAGCAUCUGCUAAGUUGCUUGAUAUGCAAUUUGAUGAAAUGCCCCCUUGGAGUGGCCUCAACCAUUUUAGUGCUGUGAUGAAGACAGAGUUUGCAGAUGGCUCAAAAUAUGAGGAUAUAUCCAAGGUCACUCAACUACAUUCUUUAAUGACACUGAUAAUGAUGCUCCAUCAGAUUAUAGUAUUUGCAGCCCAUAACAUUCUGUCCAAAGAUGUAACAAAACAAGGCUUCCAUCUUCUCAAGCUUAUUCGAAGUUAUCUGGAGCUGGACAUGUAUGUUUCUUUAAUGACACAUACUGAAUCAACUAUUGCGGCUGGUCGGGCUGAGCUACUUGUCUUUGAAAAAUUACUACAUGAAUAUAUACCCAUGAAUACCGAAAAAUCAUGGAAUUUUCCCAAAGCUCACAGCCAUCAGCAUGUUUUUGAUGACAUCCAGAACAAGGGUGCUACUCGAAACUACAAUACGAAGCCAAGUGAAAAGUCACAUGGUUCAUUGAAAUCAGCCUACAAGUUUCACACCAAUUUUAAGAAUGUUGAAUCACAGAUUCUUGAAGUCAAUCAAUCCCAUCUGGUUGCAACAAUCAUACGCACGAAACUGGAGACUCUUGAUGAGGCACAAGACUCCAAUGAGGAGGUGGUUGAGAAGGAUAUAAUUGGCAGCAAACAUGUCUCUCUUGGCUCUCCAACUUCCAAGAUUACACUCAAAGACAUGGAGCAGCGAGGGGCUCAAGAUUUUGCAUUUCAAGAUUUUCGAAAGAAGCUAUCCAAAUUCUUCUCAAAAUACUUUGGGCAUCAAAUACAACUUCAUGAAGAUGAAAAUAUUCACUCAAUUUUUCAGAUCUUCCCAUACCAAUAUCUUCGGGUCAACUAUGAGUCAACAGUUGAUUGGUCUCUGACAACAGAUUUGCUCAGAGUGAAUCCAAAAUUCCACAACAAAGAGCGCUAUGACUAUGUUGUUGUCAAAAUUGACAGCAAGAAAUUCAUCUUUGCUCAGCUAUUGUGUAUUUUCAGUUGUGAAGUCAAGUCAACCAAGUACUUUUUGGCUCUCAUUCUUCCCCUUGAUCUUCCACCCUCUCUAACCAAUCGUGGACGUGAUCGGGAACUACGCUUUACAAGACUUCGGUUGUGUCCAAGGCUUUCAAGCUGCUUUAUCUCUGUGGAAUCAAUUGUUCGCGGGGCUCUUAUUUCAAAGGAUUAUGGUGCAGAGUAUGGUGAUGAGUACCUUGUUGUUGAUGUUGUUGAUUUUGAUCUGUGGUUGCGGCUGAAGACUUUGCCACUCAUACACAGAGCAGAAUUCUAG